AUGGAGGCAUCUGAAUCUGCUCCGCCCGAGCAGCCGGAACAAUCCCCCCUCUCCGACGCCCAAAACACCGAGCUCGAAAACUGGAUAAACAGCGAGUACCGCGCCGGCAUCAACAUAACCCACCAACAAAUCACCUGGUACGCCGAGCGUGCCCUCUCCCGCGACAAUCCCUCCUCCUCACUCCCCCCCAAUUUCGCCAGCACCUUCCUCUCCCACCGCCCCUCCCUGGCAGCCCAACUCUCCCAGCCCACCCCCCCCAUCGUCCUCCAACCUCCACCCCCCCAGCCCUCAGACGGCCAACCCCUCCGCGGCCGCGCCCUCCUGGAAUCCCUCAAACACACCAACCGCACCCGCCGUCUCUUCGGCGACUCCACCACCAACCCACCCCACGCAGACCGCACCCCAGCGCCCUAUCCAGAAGGCGAAGUCCUCUACCAGCGCUACGGGCGUUUCAUCAUCCGCCACGACGACGGCAACUCCGUAACCAAAAUCACGACCCUGCGGCACGGGCUAAGCGAGGGGGUGGAGGAACCGAACGAGGCGGUGGCGAUGCGGUUUGUGAAGGCCUACACGAGUGUGCCCGUGCCGGAGGUGAGGGGGAGUGCGUGGGAUCGGGUGACGAUGGAGUACGUGGAGGGGCAGACGCUGAGGCAGGCUUGGGGGGUUAUGACGGGGGAGGAGAGGGAGAGGGUGUUGGGGGAGUUGAGGGGGUUUGUGGGGCAGUUGAGGGGGUUGACGGGGGGGAUGCCUGGGCCAAACCUGCCAAAACCAACACCAACCCCUUCCGCCCACCCCCCCAUCGGCCGGCUCAACGGCCUCGGCGCCCUCCUCCCCGCGCUCCCCCCCCGCUCAGGCGGCCCCUUCACCAGCGUCACCGACCUCCACCACUGGCUCGUCCGUCCACCCCAACGCAUCGAGCAGCAAUCCGCCUACUGGACACAAAUCACCUCCCACCUCGGCGCAACAGACUAUCCCGUCGUAUUCUCCCACGCCGACCUGGCGGCGCGCAACAUCCUCGUGCGGGACGGACACGUGGUGGCGCUGCUGGACUGGGAGUGUGCGGGCUGGUAUCCGGCGUAUUGGGAGUAUGUGUUUGCGGUGAUGGGGAUGGAUCGGGUGGAUUGGGGGAGUCUUGGGUGCGAGGUGCCUGGGUUGUUUCCGGAGGGGGGGAGGUUUGAUUUGGAGUAUAUUUUGAUGAAUUUUGUGUUGCUGUUUUAG